AUGAAACUGAAGCAUGGGUCAUUUCUGUGGUACCUCUAUCUGGAUAAACUCUACUGCUUGCUGUCUGUGAGAAAUGUGAGGGCCUUGAUGGAAUAUUUUCACCUUCUUGACGUGCACCGUAACAACACCUUGAAUGAUGUGCUGUUCUACCACCUUCUCCAUCAUGUGACGGACUUGAAACGGACACAGAUCAUGACUAUCUUCAACAUGCUAGAUUGGAAUGCUAUCGGUGAGAUUGGUUUUGACCAGUUCUACAUGCUGGUUUGCAUCCUGCUGGCACAGGAGAACCACCUAGAGGAACAGUUCAUCUUCCGCCAUUCCCGCCCUGUGUUUGAGCUGCUGGACCUAGAUGGGGACCGGAGAGUUGGUGUCAACAACUUCAACAUGUACAGCUUUCUCUUCAAUAUCAAUAAACAGGAAAUCAGAGAGCUCUACCACGACUUUGACAUCACAGGGGACCGUCGCCUUAAUUACAAGGAAUUUAAGCUGUUUACUAUCUUCUCCAUGGACAAAUACCAGAAAAGGCAAAAAGCAGAAGGGAAAAAUAAAAAAAAUGAGGAAAUUGAGAACCUAUCCAGCAGGAGGACCAAGAUUCAAAUUCAAGGCCUAUCAUCAGGUGCCUGUGGUUGA